UCUUCUUCACUCACUUCUGUCUCAGACUCUCAGCUUCAUUCUCUGUUGUUUUUUUUUCUGUAAAUUAGAUUCAUGGAGACUCCAUAUCCAAAACCCAUAAACCCAAAUCAAACAAGAAUUGGAUGGAUAGGAAUUGGAGUAAUGGGUCAAGCUAUGGCUGCUCGUUUAAUCUCAGCUGGAUAUUCACUCACAGUAUAUGCUAGAACCCCAGAAAAAGCUCUAUCUCUGCAACAAAAAGGUGCAAUAAUCGUCAAUUCACCUUCUCAUGUUGCUAAUAAGAGUGAUAUAGUGUUUACAAUGGUUGGUCAUCCAUCAGAUGUUAGAUCAGUAGUGUUAGGUGAUAAUGGGGUUUUAUCAGGUUUGAAUAAAGGUGGAGUCUUGAUUGAUACAACUAGUAGCGAUCCAGUUCUUGCUAAAGAAAUCGCUUCAAAAGCCCAAUCAAAGGGUUGUUUCGCAAUUGAUUCACCUGUAUCUGGUGGAGAUAUUGGAGCUAGAGAUGGGAAAUUAGCAAUACUUGCUGGUGGAGAUUCUGAUGUUGUGAAAUGGUUAUCACCAGUUUAUGAGGUUUUGGGGAGAGUUACUUAUGUUGGAGGAUCUGGGUGUGGACAGAGUUGUAAGAUAGCUAAUCAGAUCACAGUUGGUGCUAAUUUGCUUGGAUUAAGUGAAGGGUUAGUAUUUGCAGAGAAAGCAGGACUUGAUAUGAAUAAUUUUGUGGAAUCAAUUAGAGGUGGAGCUGCUGGUUCAAUGGUGAUGGAAUUAUUUGGGAAGAGAAUGAUUGAGAGAGAUUUUAGAGCCGGUGGGUUUGCAACAUAUAUGGUUAAAGAUUUGGGAAUGGGUGUGAAUGGUGGAGAAGGGAAAGAUGCUGUGGUUUUACCUGGUGCUGCAUUGUCAAAGCAGUUGUUUUCAAGUAUGGUUGCUAAUGGUGAUGGAAAUAUGGGAACUCAAGGUCUUAUUACUGUCAUUGAGAGGAUUAAUGGUAAAUCAGUUUAAUCUCUUCUAGUCUUACUUUGGGUGAUUCUAUGUUAAACUGAACAAUCAGUCCAUAAUGGUAAUAGUACUAUUCAUUGAAAUUUUUCUUCGUUUUGAUUUUGUUAAUUCGUAUCGUCCAAGUAGAAAUGUUUAUUCCACUAGUGUACAUUUUUCAUUGUGGAAACCACCAACAGCUCCAUCAGUCCAUUACCACCACUGCAAUUUCUCCACCAGCUCUCACAUUGUUUUUCCUAUUAGUACUCUUCUAUGCCAGGACGCACCAAGAUAUACUCUAUUCAGCAUUGAUACUCAGAUGUUUACAGUAGGACUACAUUUUAAGGGUGUAAAGAUGAUUCCUCUAGGUUCGCAUUUUGUUUAUUGUAGUUCUAGUAACAAAGACGGGAAUGCUUUUUGCCCAUUUGUUGGAUUCUUUGUGAUUGCUAGUCCUGCGGUGGUAUUUGCUUUUAAUUGGGUUCAACAAGAACAGCGGGUAGUUAGAUUAUCAAGAUGAAGAAGUGGUAGGUUGAUUGGAUAGGGUUAAAAAAGAAUGGAGUUUGAUGGAUAUCUUGGUCCUUAUCAUUUGAAAUAAUCUAAAGAGUGGAAGAGAAUUUUGGAUUACUGUACAAAGAGUACUGUUGGGCGAUCCAGCCUAUUGGUGGGGAUAUUACAGUUUCAAGUGUAUAUGGUUUUGUUGGUGCUUCUAUGAUAUGACUACUAUGGAAAUGGCUUUGGGUGCGCAUAAGUUCUCCGAGUUUUCUGGGAUGAGUGUUAUAAGUGUGUGUUCUUACACGUCUAUUCCCAAAUCCCGGUGUCGUCAAACAAAAAAGGUGUUGUUGGAGUAGAUCUUACUUGGAUGAACCUUGAUAAAUUGCAAUGCGGGUCAGAAGAUUUGCUUUUGUGGGAGUUGCAAUUUUCAUAUAUUGCAUUUCUUUUGGGCAGUCACUUGCAUCGCAGUGAAAAGAUUUAGUUACUCUUUUGUUUAGUUAUACUGACGCACCAUUCUACAGAGAAAGUCAGUUUUUUUACCAAGUUCAUUGAGGUUUCGGUUUCAAAAGAUGAUAAAAUUGUAAGUGGUGGUGAAAAAGGUGCUUCCCUGUUCUUGGAUGACUCGUGGCCAUUGUAGGGCAGUUUUUCGCGCCAUCUCUAAUAGAAUUUCUUUUCUUUGGUCCAAGUAGCCUCGGUUAUUGAUGGCGAUCUUCUUUCAUGGACAAGGAAACUUGAACAACUGCAUCGGACCACAAGGAUGACAUUCCACACACAAAGGGGCAAUGGAUGACUUGUAGGGCGAAUAUGAUGAGUUCACUCCUGUUAUUGAGAUUUUGGAUGAGACUACUUUCUGUGGAGGGUUGACAGCCUAAUUAGAUCAUACCUUGCAUGCUCUCAAAAAUUUGAAGUAAAAUAAACAUAGUCGGGUAGUUUGUGAUUGACAACUGAAGUUGGGGGGUGUCACGAAGAGGCAUUUUUUGGUUGUUUAUCGUAGAUAGAAUAUACUCCCUCCGUUUCUAGAAAAGAGUUACAUUGCUUUUUAAAUUUAGCCUAUUUUUAGACUAAAAUAAAAAAGUGAUGGUACCUCUUUUCUAGAAAUGGAGGCACUAUUCUUACUUUGUCAGUAGUUACGUACUCUUUCAGAUGAUUUACAAAUAGAUUUUUAUCUAUUGUCCCUGUGGUUAGGGAUACUACUACUUGGCUAAUGUCUGGAAUUUGGUGAUACAGAUUAGCCUUCUACUUGCAUAUUCAUAUAGGGUGCUUCUACUUAGCUCAUGUCUGGAAUUUGGAAAUGAUAUUAGUCUUGUACUUGCAUAUUCAUAUAUCCACUGCAAAUAAGUGUUGAACUUCA